AUGUCGUCCCUCCGCCUCGAGGCAGACGAGGCCGCCGCAAAGGUGCAAGAACUUCAGCAAAAAGUCAAGGGUCUUGAGGAGCAAAAUACUGCCAAGGAACAGGAGAACCGUUCUUUACAACACAGGAACGAUUUGCUAGAAGCAGAAGUGGAGAAGCUCGAAGCCGCUAUGAAGGACUUUAAGAAGGCCGCUGAUGAAGGCCAACAACACGGCACCCAGAAUGAGACGCUCCAGCGACGACUCCAGCUGCUCGAGGAGGAAGCCGAAGAUGCCGACAAGACUUUGCGGGAAGCCAACGAGAAGCUCCGGCAGACCGAUGUCAAGGCUGGACACUUCGAGCGCAAGGUGCAGGCCCUCGAGCAAGAACGCGACCAAUGGGAGCAGAAGUACGAGGAGAUGUCAAAGAAGCACUCAACUCUCCAAAAGGAACUGGAGGAGCUUCAGAACGAGAUUGGCAACAUCUGA